AUGUCACAGGAUGAAGGUGUUAUUUCUACCAACGACGAUGCAAGUGCUUGCAAGAGGUAUAAAAUUACUAAAAAUAGCGCUUUCAAGUUCGCCCACCAAACAAAUCUAGUCUAGUUUAGUGAUUCAUGUUCAAAUUAUUAUUAUCAGUUAUUUGGUGGUCCAUGUUUUAUACCCACUCUAUAGUCUCUAGUCUGUGUUGUACAUACAGUCUACGUCCUAUACUCAGACCAGAGACGUUAGUCUGCAGACCCUUGAUCUGUAUUUUAUUACCGCCGGGCCUCUGAUAAAAUGUGACAAUGGGACAAGUACCCUGAGAGCAGAGGCCCUUCGAUCGACUUAUCGAGGAAGAUCGAAGGGCCUCUGCUCGCAGGGUAUGGGACAAGAGAACAUAACAAAAAGGAAAUAGGCUGGGCAUCCAAGCAGAGAAGACAACAGGACAAGUAGGCAGUUCAUUAUAAAACAAAUCAGCAAGACAAAAUAAGAAGUAGACAUGAUGAAAUAACAAGUGCACAAGAUGACUUAACAAGUAGACAAGUCAACAUAUAAAAUAGAUAUUGAGUUAUUUUUUACCACUCCAUAUUAUCUUCAGUAGGUGGUGUUGUUUUCCCUAUAGCUUUCAGCUAGUUGAGCCAUUAAAAACUGCUCAGAUCUGAAUAUGUUGCUUCAACAGACACAAAAUGGGGUUGGAGAUGUAUGUGGGUGCUCUUCACCUCUUUGCAACCUUGGGCCUUCUCUGUUUGUUUCUGUCUCUGUGACAAAUUUAUUCCAAAAAUUCUGGCCAUUUAGAAACACUGAACUCGAAUGCCCUUGGAACUUGCCUGGGUAAACAGCCAUUUUUCUUAUAAACUUUUCAAUGACUUCGCUAGUAAAAUAAUAUUGUAGCUCAAGGUGAACUCGUGGGUACCCCUCUGAGUAUGUGGUUAGGGGUUAGGGUUAGUGACAUGGAAUAAUACCCAUGUGGAAUGUAGUUAAAAUGAGACUGUAUCUGGUAGCAGAUUAAAGAUGUGUUGGUCAUUUAACGCCAUGUUUUAACUGAGGAUUGUGGCAUUACACUGGUGGCAGCAGAAAACAAAGACAAACUUCACGGAUAUCUGUGUUCAGUGGUGAAUGAUUUGUGUGUCUCUGGUUGAUGUGGAUAUUUAGACUGUGAUGCAUGCCCCUAACCAGCACAAUGAACAACCUGUGAAUUGUGAAGGACCUGUUGGUGAUCGCUGUGCCACUGUCGUGUUGGAACUAACCUGGACUUCCACCUUCUUGAGGGAACAGCACGAAGCAGAUUCUGAUCUCAAAGCUUUCAUGUUGGAUUGAAUUCUCUAGAACUAAGUGAGUGAGUGAGUGAAAACUUUAUUUACUCACGGUAAUUUUAUCAAAUAACUUUACAUAAAGCAUCUGUUCUACCUAAAAGCCGUGCAUUAUUUAACUUACAUAAAGAUAUAGAUAUGUAUCUAAAAACUAAACUAAGAAAGAUCGUACACAAUGUUAAACCUAAUGAUAAAAAACUUAAAUUAUGAGGCUUGUGUAGAUAGCAAAUACGACCUGAUCUUAGCCUUAAAUUGUUUUAAAGAAGUUUCUUCCUUUAAACUGGUAGGAAGAGAAUUCCAGAGCUUAGCGCCUGCAGUAGCAAAACUAUUCCUAAAAUAGUUUGUUCUUGCUUUUGGCACUAUUAAAUUCAUUCCAGAAGAACGAAGGUCAUAACUGAGCCGGCUUGUAUUAACGUCAAACGUCAAACUUUUGACUUUGAGGUAGUAUCGACCAGGACAUUGACAUCUGAAUGCUGAUGCACUUCUUUCCCAUAGACCCUGUGAUGUCCGUUGUUAGUGGUGUAAGGGUUGUAAGUCACAGGAAUGAGUGUCUCUUGUUGAUAUGGGUGUUCAGACUGUGAUUCAAGCUCCCUAACCGGGACAAUGAACUACCUGUGAAUUGUGAAGGAUCUGUUGGUCAUCGCUGUGCCACUGUCAUGUUGGAACCAACCUGGACUUCCACCUUCUUGAGGGAACAGCGGGAAGCAGAUUCUGAUCUCAAAUUCAUUAAUCGUUGGAAGGAAGUCAGCAAAGAGAAACUGUUGUGGGAAGAUGUGUCGCCUCAGAGUUGUGCUGUGAAGACUUUGUGGUCACAGUGGGAGUGCCUGUUUACCCGAAACAGUGUGCUUUGUCACAAAUGGGAAAGUGGCUAAGGAGAACAGACAUUUGACCUGGUUAUUCUUCUUGAAAGCCUCUGACAGACUGCUUUUGAAUCUCAUCAUACAGCUGUAGUCUUACGACUGCAAGUCAUUGCUGUGUUACUGGCCAGGACUUACUUCAGCAGUUCACAUAUUGGUCACCAGGUGCCAACCUGGGGAAGAAAGCAUCAUGCUCCUUUAAAGCAGUACGUGUAGAAGCUCCCAUGGAACGAAUCACGAUUGACAUUCUUGGCCCACUGCCAGAAACCCCUUUGAAAGAACAAAUUUAUACUGUUGGUUAGUGACUAUUAUCUACUGAGAGUUACCCAAUACCAAACCAGGAGGCCACUACUGUUGCUGAGAAGCUAGGGAGCAAGUUCAUUUGUCGUUUCUGUGUACCUCGUCAACUUCAUAGCAACCAAGGAACUAACAUUGAGUCAAAGGUGUUUGUUGAAGUCUGCAGACUUGAAGACUUUGAGAAGACUCACACCACUCCACUGCAUCCCCACUCUGACGGACAGGGACCCUGGGACCUUCACUGGAGAGAUGGAUUCCAAAAAGGCAGUUGCAGCUACCAAGCCUAAGAGAAGAGGGGAGAGAGACAUCAGAAGUGGGUUUAUCAGUUUUUAUUGACGACAGGCAGUCAGCUCCAGUUAAGGAGGGAGAGGGAGGUGAGCGUGACGAAACAGAAUCUACGGAGGGAGUCAAAGAUGAUGUUUUUCCGAAACUUCUGAAUGCUGAUCGCACUGGGGAUGAUAACAGUGACAAGCCUGAGGAUGUGAGGGAACCUGAACCUUGUGCAGAAUUGACAACUUUUGCUGUGGAUGCCCAUAACUAGGAGGGUCUCGGCUGUCAAACAGCUGAGUCGACUGUACAAGGUUUACCACGCAGUGAUUCCGGUGUUUGUAGGAGACCUUGUAGUCGACAUAGAAAGUGGGUGACUGAUUAUCCUGAAGUGUUCAGGGACUGAUAAGCAUUAUAGGACAGUCUAGGCAACUAGACAAGUACAAGUUAAUGCCAUUCAUUUCCUAAGAAUUGUUGACAUUUGGAAUGUGAUGAACAAUCAUUAGAGACUCUUAGUCCGUUGUGUUGAAUUGAUGUUGUUGUGAAUCAGUCAGAAGUGAUUUGUAAAAUAGUGGACCAGCACUGGGACAGUGCUUUAACAAGGGAGGAGUAGUGUAGCGCUAGGCAAACCCGAGGGUAUACCCCCCUGAGUACAUCACGUGACAUGGCAUAAUAGCCACGUCGGAAGUAGUUAAAAUUAGACUGUAUCUGGUAGCAGAUUAAAGAUGUGUUGUUGUUUAUCUAAUGCUGUGUUUUAACUGAGGAUUGUGGCAUUACAAUAUACCAUCUGAACUUGGUGCCCCUGGGCUUCUAACAAUGGACCCCUUGGGAAGAUGCAUUUAUUUAACCAGCUUACAAGGAGAAACUGGUAUGUUAUCUUACUUCUGGCAUUGGCUGGUAUUUCUCUACGAAGUAAGUGAUAUUCUAGGUUGAACUGAAGCUCUUGAUUUUCCUAGGGUUUAUCUUUGAAUUAGAAGUUCUUCAUAUGUUUGUCUUAGUGGAGGUUGGUUCUUUAUCAGUUGCCAGUUUACUGAUGGUUGCUGCAGUGUGUAUGUUGUGUGCCCUUGGUGUCAUUAGUGCUUCUAAGUGCAAAGUCAAGGUCACAGGUAUCACUGGGUAUUAUCUAAGAGGCCUGACCACCUAAGGACCCUAUGCUGAGGUUUGUCACACAUUCCACUCAAUAAAGUCUCCGUUUCAAAGUCCUGUCAUGCAGACCAUUUCAGACUCAAAGAAACCAGGAACUAAAUUAGAAAAAUCUAAGGCUACAUCAGAUGGCAAAAUCCUUCAAAACUGCUGUUAUUAAUUUUUAUUGAAAACCAACUGCUAACCACAAAAGAUACCAAAACCUUAAAUCCCAAGUUUUUGAGUGCAAAAACUGCAAAUUAAACUGACCUAAAAAAAAAUCUGUGAAAACAAAAAUUCUAACUUCGCCUUUUAGGCUAUGAUCUAUUAUCUUAGUCUGCAGAGGAAGUGGAGAUCAACUUGCAUCCAUUCCAGGGCUCAUUCAUUUUACUGGAUUCAACAAAUUAUUUCUUCUGACCUUGUUUGUUUCUUUCAGGUUUGCUGUUCAGCUAGGUUACUGGUCAGACAAUUAUAUUCAGCACUUCACAAGGCUUGGAGAGAGAAAGACUCCAGAAAUCAAUAGAGGUAAUGCUCUAUAUCUUACUUGAUUUUCUAUGUUGGUGAGCAAGGAUGGUGCAGUUGUGAGAGUACUCAUCUCCCACCAGUGUGGUCCGGGCUCAAAUCCUGGUGUCAACGCCAUACGUGGGUUGAGCUUGUUGUUGGUUUUCUCCCUUACUCCAAGAGGUUUUCCUCCAGGUACUGUGGUUUUCCCCUCUCCUUUAAAACCACCCUUUCCAAAUUCCAAUUUGAUUUGGAAUGCACAGACAGAUUUCAAGGAGGUAUUAAGAACUCCUCAGUGCUCCAUGCUCCAUAAUAUUAGAGUUACCUGAAAUAUUCUAACCUCCGUUAGCACAUGCCUUUUUUGGCUUUUGUUGGAGUGAAGUGACAACUGGAAAUAUGGUUGUGUUUGCACCAGGCUAGAAAUAAUCAACCUCAACCUUGCCUCUUUGCACUCUGUUAUGCAUAAGGCCCCCACACCUCUCCUGCUGUCUUCAAAGGUGUGUCUGGAUUCAGGGAUGAUAUUUUUUAUGGGGAUGGGACCCCAACCUGGAGGACUAGGAAUUGCAAUUUGUCUGGCCUUUCACCCAAAACCUGCCCAAAGUGGCUGAACCCACCAGGGUCCAAGGUCCCAACUGGUAUAGCUACCAGGUUCAUCAAGGCACCCAAUGUUAAGGCGCAAUAAUCAUGUUUAUAAAAAUUGUGUUUCUAGGUUACUAUGCUCGUGUUAAAGGAAUGCGAACUCUUUUGGACCAAUUUCUCACGCAGACGCACUGUAAAUGUCAGGUUAUCAGUCUUGGCGCUGGAUUUGAUUCCCUCUUUUGGCUGUUAAAGGUAAUGCAAAUGUCUACAUGUGAAAGCACAGGCAUCCAAAGCUCACAUUAAGAGGGUGGACAUCAGUGAGUGGGUACCACGUUACAUGCAAUCAUUGAGAUGUUGUAUGAGAAAUAAAAUACUCCUGAGAUCUGCAAAUGAUAAAUAUCAGUGUAUUUUACCUUUUGAUCAAUUAACCGAAUGAAGAAGUAUUAUCUUUGAUGUAUUUCUGCGUGUUUUGGUGUGAAUUCAUCAAUUUAGUUGGCUUUUUGGCUCCAUUACGUUAUCCCUGUAACUCUGACUGAUUGCUAGGGGUAACGCAAUAGAGCUAAAAAGUUGACCAAAUCGGUAAAUUCAUACCAAAACACACACAAAUACAUCAAAGAUAAAAUUCCUUAUCGUUUGCAGAUCUCAGUAUUUUAUUUCUCAUACAACGUCUCAACGAUCGCUUGUAACUAAUGCUAUGCUGACUCACUAGCAUCCACCCUUAUAACGUGAGCUUAGGGUGCCUGUGGUGAAAGGUGCAGUAGCCUGCAUAUAAGAGGCAUAAUUCUAAGUUUUUUUGUUUUUAUUUCAAGUAAAGGAGGAUGGCUUAUUGCCAAAGCUAUUUGUGGAGAUAGAUUUUGGAAAUGUAACCAGCAGAAAGUGUUACAGCAUAAGGCAAGUUAUCUUUUAUACCUUUACAUUAAAUAACAAUUUCUUUGUUCACAAUGUUUUUAAUAGGCAAUAUAAUGAUUCCUGUCUGUUAAUCCUAAGAGUAUUAUCAUUGGAUCAAAUUUUUCUUCCUUUUCAUUGGCCGAGAGCCCACCACAUGACCUGCAAAGAACUGUCUACAAAUAAUGGUCUGCUCAUGCGCAAUGUCGUCCGACUGUGUUUAUCUGCAAAUAACAUUCUGCUCAUGCGUAAAUGAAACAACACGUUUCUCCUUCUUGCGAUCGGUCUUGCAUGAAAAUGGCAGAUGGCUUCACUUCUCGCAGAUAUUCGUUAAAAUCCAACUUGGUGAUCGAAUGGUAGUAAACGAUUAUUGAACUUGGUUAUCACAAAAUAUUGUGAUUGAUGUCCUUGCCACUGAGAAAUCAUGAUUUUCCACUCAACCUUGUCCUGUCAUAUUAUUGUUAAUCAUCCACAAAAAUAUAAGCACAAUAUGUACUUUUUGCUUCUUUUAUUUUGUUUUUGUUCUUAGGAUCAGUUUCAAGUUUAUACUGAUAUGAUGUAGGUUUUGAAGCCCAGAUCCUGUGUGCUACAUUAAUAAAAUUUCAACUUGUUGCUGGGGUUACACAUUUUGUUUCUGUGUACUGUGUAAGCCUUUUUCGUCUCUGUCUUUAGGGCAAGGAGAAAACUUCAGGAAGUCUUUUCUCAAGAUGAUGGAUUGAAAAUUGGUUAGUUUUCAUAUAUUGAAAAAGAUAAACUAUUAAACUAAGAAAAGCCAGGAAGACUGCAUACAAGUUUUACCUCAUGAUAAUAAAAGUUAGGUUCAGCAAAUGAAACAAGCAAAAUGGAUAAAACAGUCAAAACACUUGAUUCAAUGAAUAAUUUAUGAAAAUAAACUGACCAAUAUUUCAUGGUUUUAAAAUCUACUAGUACUUAUUGUUUUGAUGAUGAAAAUGUGAAGUUUUGAUUUGCUGCCAUUUGCCAUCUAACCCUGCAACUUGCUGGAGCCAUUAAGUUCUAAUGAGUUGAACAAAAUCCAUUCAAAUUAAACGUCUUAACAGAAGCCUGUUAACUUCUAUAGCACUGUUUGCUUUUAAAAAGACCAUUUGCACAAUGGCGUCAUGUUACUACUGUGACCAGAAUCCUUUUUGUUUUUCCUUUCAUAUUUAAUUUUGGUAAUCCCGAUAAGGUUUAAAUGAAAAAAGCCUUCAUUCGGACAACUCUGCUCUCAAAGGACUUUGAUCCUAGUUAUUAAAAUGAUGUCAUUGCGAAGAUAGCCUAUUGGACCACAACUAUUUUUUUACAACUUCAAAAAUGAAGAUUGUCUUGAAUUUUGCAUCCUUAAAGAAACAAAUUAUCAUUAAAUCAAUAUUAUUUGCUUUAUUGCAGAAGGAAGUGAAGCUCACUCUAAACAUUAUCACCUACUAGCUGCUGAUCUGAGAGAUAUAAGUAUACUUGAAAGCAAAUUGAAUGAAAUUGGGAUUGAUAAAAGGUCAGUGGAGCUAGAGGUUCAGCUGCAAAUUAUUUAGAAUUGCAUGUGCAGGGCUCAAAAUAAUGGCUGGUCAAUGGAUAAUGUCCGGCCAGAAAGGCAACUUGAUGGGCCAGGAACUUCACUUGCCGGUCAUGUCGACCGGUCACAGACACUCUCAUUCUUGAACAAACAGCCAAUUCCUAACCGGUAAAUCAUAGAUUUUAUCUCAGUUAUCAUGUUCACGAAUAGAAUAUUACACAAAGUUCAGUUGACUUUUUUACCGGCCCAUCUUUUUGACCGGUCAGAAAGAGGCCUUGUCUUGAUCGAGCAAAAAUUUCAUUGCCUGGUAUUUGUGUUGCCUGUGUGCAAAAGGAGAUGUCUGGAAGCACGCAAGUAUUCCCUUCCUGCUACCAUCCAAAAAUUAUUUUGAGCCCUGAUGUGUAUGGCAAAAUUUUUGUAGUCAGCAAAGGGACUGGAUGAUCAUUGUUUUUUGCACCUUUUCACCUUGUUUAUGUCUUGCCAUUACUGUAUUUUCUCAUGCAGUCUUCAAGUUGCCCAAUGGAUGCAGCAAGUUUGGCACUAUUAUAAAGAAAAAAUAAUCAAACUUACAUGUAAUAUUGGCCCAGUUAUUCCCAGCAAUAGGUAGUGUUAAGUUUCCCUCAUUUCUAAGUGGCUUGCACUAAUGUUAGAAGUUCAAAAUCUAAGUUAACUCGCCAUUAGGGCAAGUUGACUUUUAAUUAUUCUCAUGCUGCCAGUAGUCCUACAUUAUAAAAUAUGAUGGAUUGAUCAAGUUAACCCUCUCCCCACUUAGUUAAUUGAUUGACAAAAAUGUUGUCAGUGAUUUAAGAAAUGUGAUUUUCAAAUAGACACUGCCCUUGAAUAAUCACCAUCCUUGAAAUAUUCUGCAUCAGAAACGCUAAAACUUUGAUAAACAAUGUGGUGUUUAAUCGAAUAAAAACAGUUUGUAACCUACAGGAUUAUGGUGUCUGAUAAUUUGUGUUUCAGCCUACCAACAGUGUUCAUCACUGAGUGUGUGUUGGUUUACAUGGAUCCUGAACAUUCAGCUGCCAUAAUUAAUUGGGCAGGAGCAACUUUCAAAACUGCUCUUUUUAUUAACUACGAACAGGUAAAAAGGUCAUAUUCUUAACUUCUAGUGUCUUAAAAAAGUCAACAUCAAAUAAAUUUCACUUGUCUUUUAGCCAGUUACUAUAUCUGGAUCUGUAAAAAGAAGAAACUGGAACCAAAUCUAGUGGGUAUUUUAAAACGACUAUAACUUUUUUUAUGAAAUAGAAUCCAAAGCAACCAUUGAUAUACCAAAAAAGUGGGAACUCUCUUCGUAAAUAUUCUUUAAAUACCUUUUUCUCACUUACUUCAAUCGUAAAAUUCAUAAAAAAACUAGCUCUCUUAGCCCUAACACCUGCAGCUAAUUCCUUCAGUUUUUAUCAAUUUUUUUCCAGUCUAUGCUGAAUGUAAUUAGUUUGUCAAUAGUGCUUAAAGCUUGUUACUCUGCUUUUUGCAGAUGUACUUUGAUUGAUUAUGUAUAUUACUUCCUUUUUUUGCACUAUGCACUAUUUUUUCUUUUAUUUAAUUAUUUUUUUGUGUGUGAUGUAAUAAGUUGUUAAAAUAAUGAAAUAAAAUAAGAAACACUUCUAGUGUCAGAAUAGUAUUCAAGACAUGUUUGUGUAAUAUGUAGUCUAUUUCAAAGAUUAUUUUUUCUGCUGUGGAAAUAUGGUUUAGUAAAUAAUGAAAAAUAUGCACUCAGAGCAAAGCUCAAACAACUGAGCAAGAUGUUUAGGUAAUGUCAAUAUUUUGUUUUUCAAGACCUCUUCACUGUCAGUCCAUAUUUUUUAUUAUUAACAAAAAGUUUUAAUUGCGCUUUGACCAGUCUUAAACAAAACUCAGUGGUGUGAUUCAAAAAUUAAAAACAAACCAGUUUGAAAAUUUCAACCCAGUUUAAGAAUUUUAACCUAGUUUGAAAAUUUUAAGCUAGUUUGAAAAAUUUAAACUGGUUCAAAAAAAAUGAAACCAAAAAAAAUUUGAACCAUAACAAGUAUAGUCUUAACUCUGAGUUUCACUGGAAUUAAUUAAAAUAAUAUUAUUUAUUUGUUCAUUACUUCUUUUCUUUGGUCCUUUUUUAACUUCUAACUGUUUAAAAUGGAAAUGUAAUGUAUUAUAAUUGCCUUUAUAUUCAGUUUUAAAGAACAAGCCCAUUGAAAUGUUUUGCCAAUUUCAAGAUAUAUUUUUUAAUCUAGGUUUCAUAACAAUGGUUUCUAUGUUUCUUCACAGGUGAAUAUGCAGGACAGAUUUGGUCAAGUUAUGAUCCAGAAUCUCAGAGUACGUAUCAUGUCAGUGAGGAUAGUGUGGGAUGCGUUGGAUGAUACGAUGCAUUCAGUCUGGACCCAUGUGCAUUAUAUUUUUGGAAAUGGCCAGGGGCCCUGUCCCUCCUGGCACCUUACAUGUUUCUUGUUUUGUGUUCUGUUAAAUUGUUGCAAUUAUUUUGGCUGGUCAGCCAUUUCUUAAAAAACCUCUCCGUUUUUCAUGAAGGAAAUAAUUAAAUGUUUUGUGGAGGAAUUUGUUCUUAAACAUAAGAUGUAAAACAUUAAUGUGAGUAAUCAAAGGCUAUUAUCUUCAUGUCUGUUGAAACUAUUGCAUAUUUGAUAUUUGCAUGAUAAAGACUAUAGCCUAUGAUGUCAUUUAUGUUAUCAUAUUCCCAGGGAAUGUAGCCAGACUGUUUUGCAAAAAGUGGGUUAAUUUUAUACGUUUUAUACUACUUUUGGUAGAAAAGCAGGACAACAUGGGAUCCUUCCACUUCUAAAAAUCCUAGGUGUCCAUGCCCUCAACCAUAAGUUAAACUUAAAUGUGUCAUUGCAGGGUAGAAAUUGUGAACUUCUUGGUGCAUUUGCUUGUCCAGAUCUUGAAUCACAUGUGAGUAACUAGUUCCAAACUUCACAAUCUAGCUAUUAGAGUAUCCAAACAAAAUACAUAUUACAUUUGCAUAUAUUUAACAAUUAUUCCACGAGUGCACGUUGGAUAUGAGAUGGUAGAAUCAUCUCAUAUCCAACAAGCCUGAGUGGAAUAACUGUUUUAUUAAAAACGCCCACAAAAUAUUGAUAGUUCUUCCCAACUUUAUUUGUAAAAACAACCGAUUUUCAGCUUGUUUUUAAUUUUGAGCAGACGUGUACAGUUACCAUAUUUGGAGAGCAUAGUAUAAUGGCUCAUAUACCAUGAUGGCUAAGCCAAUCAGAGCUCUAGAAUUGCAUUAUCCAAUGAUUCAGUUUUUGACAAAAUAUAAUAAAACAAAGCUUUAUUUGGGUGUCAAUGUGCUUAGCAUGAAAGUACUAAUUGUUGUCACUAUUUUGAUCUCUCACUGGAGACGGGACUGUCAUUUUAUGUGGUCAUGCGGUUGUCUAGCCGUUUGCAAGGCAAAGACGGUACCUUCAUUUCGCAGUUUUUUUAAGACCCUGAGAAUGUGCCAUUUCCGAGUUCCCCCAGGCCUCUGUAUCAAAACGAGGUUAAGUACUCAGCCUUUGAUAUGAAAAUGAUUUUUCAUUCUCAUGCAAAUAAAACUCAUUUUCACAACAAAGGUUGUGCACUUCGCCUCGUUUUGAAACCGAGGGUUUUUGGAACUUGGAAGUGGCCCAUUGGUCCGUCCCCGGAAACCAAACCCACGACAUCGCCUCUUAAGUUUAGCUGACUGAGCUAAUCCAGUCGAGGUUAAAGUCUUCAGUCAGAUCUGGAUUUUAUACACAGUAUUUUGGACACUUCAUCUAAACCUUCGCGUGGCUCGGAUGACCACGUAAAAUGGCGGUCCCGUCUCCAUUAGGAGACGUUAAAAUGAGGGCCACAAGUUUAUUAGCCUUUGGCUAUUAAGUGCUACCCUCUUUAAAUAAAGGCUAUUUUUUUUUUUUAAUCCCAAAGAUCCCAAACUUUAUGCAAUUCAUACAAACCCCUAUACCAGGCAGACACUUGGCUCUGUCACUUCAGUGCAACCAUGGACGUUAAUUUUCCAUAGGUUUUUGCUUUCUUUCUCCACUCAAUAGAGACAAAGAUUCCUGACAAAUAACUGGGAGAGAGCGGAAGUUCUUGACAUGAUGAAUGUCUACAACUGCCUACCUUUUAAUGACAGAACAAGGUUUGUUUGUUUAUGAAACCACUUUGCAUGAAUCUGAAUUUUAGUUGAUUGUAGUCGUUUAUAGUAGAAGGUAGUUUGAGUGAGAUUAAGUCUAAGAAAUUUGACCAAUAGGCCACGUCCAACAGUUAAACAUUUGCUGAGAUGUUGUGACCUUUGGCAUCUAUUACAGUUGACUUCGUCCACAUGCUUUGUAACUAUUUUAAUUUGUAAUGACAAACAUGUUAAUUUAGUGAUUUAAAUUAUUGUAGUCACUGUUAAUAUUAACCCAGUAUGAUCUUAACAUCUCUCAGAAUCUGUCGACAUUGUCCCAUUCUCCCAAUGUUUCAGGGGCACCCAACGUCAAUUUUUGGAAAAUAUCUGUUCGGAAGACGAUUUGAGCUCCAGAAGUUUUGGAACAUUUGUUGUAAAAUUUCUUGCUUGCCUGCCUCUCCUAGGAUUUUCGAACAUCCAAAAAAUGGUAUAAUUGCCCAUUUUUAACGGAUUUUUUACCCUAAAAAAGUCACCUAGAAUAUUCGGAAACCUUUUUUCUUGCUGAAAUUUUCGAAAAGGUAAGUUUUGAUGCCUAUAAUUUUCGGAUCACUAGACUUUCAGCUAGGAUAUCCGAACAGAUGAAAUAUGAAAAAAAAAAAAAAAUAUGCCUAUAUUUACCGCUUAAAUACUAAAAUAUGUUUAACAAUGCUAUGUUCAAGUGAUUUUGAACUAUAUUCUCGUUGGGUGCCCCUCAUGUUUUGACAGUAUGGUGACUACCCUGGGUUUAAGGUAACUGUAUUGCAUCAGCAGAAAAAGUAUGCCAAAAGGCUUAUAAACUGCAUCUCGUUCCUUUUUUCAUCAUAAAAUUGCCAGCUAUUUCAGGGUUCAGUUUCACCUUUCCAUUUAUUUUUAUUUUCAAACAGAAUAGAGAGAAUCGAAUUUCUUGACGAAGUUGAUCUUCUACACCAGUUGCUUUCUCAUUAUUGUAUCGCUUGGGCAGUGAAUGAUGCUUCACAGCUUGGUGAGUAUUUUUCCAUUUAUUGUUCUUGUUCCCUCUACACACGCUGAUUCUAUCUUUGCUGGGUGAUUAUGGGAGAAUGCGUUAUCACAGUGAUCUGAUUCGGCUGUCUUCCACCAAAGGAGCACUGUGGAAUUCCAAGAUCGGAAUUAGUUAAUACUUAAGUUAAACCUCGUUUUUGUUUAAUGUUUCUUUUGCGUUAAUUUUCUUCGUUCUUUCUCUUAGUUCUACAAUUACAGGUUUUUCAAGUGCCAUAACCACGUUAAACAAAGUCAAUAUCUUUUAUCAUCAUUGUCAUUGUUAUUAUCAUUAUUAUUGUUGUUGUUGCUGUUGUUGUUGUUGUUACUUGCUGCUCCGAAAGUGAAAAGGAAGUUAUAUCAGUAAUCAAAUGCAAAAGAAUCGCGGUGCAUAGUGGCCGCCGGAGUGCAGCGUAGUACGUUACUCUUCUGAUCACGAAACACGGUUAUAACGAUGAAGAGGUUGACGACAAGCCUAAAUUUCUCGUGCGUUUUUGAACAUAAAUGUCUUUUAAAAUUUUGUUCAUUACAAGAAAACCUGAUAAUACGUUGUGUGUUCUCUAGGUUUGUCAAGCAUUGCUUUUUGAGAGGAGUUACAAGCUGUAAUGAAAAUGGCAAAACGUUGAGCCUUGUUCAUGCUUGAAGUUUGUUCACUGCUGAAGUGCUUUGAAACCUUAAAGCCUUAGUACAUGAAGCACAGACAUACCAGUCAUUGUUCGAGUAGUACAUGGUGUAUGGUUGUGUACAUUUCUUAUUCCACUGGUUACAACUAUAUACCCCUAAAUGACUCAGACCGACAGUCUGAAUCAUGUUCAAUAAAGCAAGUAAGGAAAGCAGUGUGAUAAAUGAAUUGUUGUUAUUUAAGGUGGCUGAACACAGUUUUGGCAGUUUUUGAUUAUAUGUCAUUUGCCAAAUCAUGGCAAGAGAAAGGUUGCUGCUCACAAGCUGAAACUUGGCAAGUGAAAAGUGUACUGAUAAAACAUUUUGAUUGACAGGUAAAAAUUGACGUUUUCGUAGUUUCCAUGGCAACAUGAACGAUUGAAUCCAACCUUAAAUUUUCACUUUUUCUCAGUUUACAUAAAACUUGCUCAUUAGAUUUUCCUAUUAACUUGCACACAGCUUACUAUAAUUAAUCAUCACCAUUUGAAACUUAUUUGACCAAAUUUUAACAGACGGGUUUUUAGAUAAUCAAUAAUUUAAUUGUACUGUAAUUAUUAAAUGUGUCAAAAAAUUCGUCUGUUCAACUUCCAUUUUAAAGUUCUCAUUACUUAAAAUACAAUGAAAGGAAAGAUUCUGCCAAAUAUCACAAAAUUCUAAUGAGUAGAUUUUGAGAAAUCGUCUUCUGUGUACCAUUGCUUUUUCGCCGCCAUGUUUGUUUGUCUAAUUUAAAACACGCGCCGUCACGCAAGUUACCGCUGACCAUCCGCAAAACUGUGUUCAGCCACCUUAAUAGUGAGUAACUUCGAAUUUGGCACAAGCUACUCUGAUUCUUAUUAUAAUUAAAAACGAUGAGG